UACACGCGAAAAGCGUCGCCGGCGCAUCUGCUUCUGGAUGCGCUGUCAGCGGCGACCGUCGCCGGAGCCUGGAGGCUGCCGCUUCACCAAGUUGGCUCGUCCCCUGCUCGGUCUUAACCGGCGGGCGGCGGCUGCCGGUGUGCUGCGGUGGGCGGCAAGCGGCGGCGACUGCCGGGGCCAGCAGCCGCGGGGUUCAGCAGGCAGCUGUGGCCGGCGGGGUGCUCCACCUCCACGCCUUCUCCAGUGAGCACUGAGUAGUCCAGUCCUCCGCCACCUCAUCGGCUCGUCCUCGUCGCCGAUGCUGCUUCUUGCUCGGCGUUCCGUGAGCAAGCAAAAGCCAACACGACGACGACAAGGCUAACGGCGGGCCGUCGGUAUUAACCCUCGAUCGUUUGGAGCACAAAUUCGGCAACUCUCGAGUUCUGUUCCGUGUCCGACACAUCCGCUGCGCGGCCGCGACAACUGAAUCGUCGCAGCCCCUUCUUCUUUUCCCAUCACAAACUCGAGAAUCAAGAUCGAUCGGAUCGACGAAUAGCGACCGUGUUCCGUGUUCCCGUCGGCCGUUCGCAGGAUCGCAGGAAAGACGCACCGCGGCAGGCAGCACUCAGAGUAAAGCAAGCAUACUGCAGGACGGCGUCACGGGGAUCUUCUUGUGGUUGUGGCCACUGGACGGGAAGCCGCGAGACCCCAGCCCCAACGGACAGCAACCCAACGUGAGGUCAGUUUCUGAAUGCGAUCUUUGGUUCCUGUGUUCCUGAAUUGAAUUUAAACAAAAAUGCUAUUCCUUGUACAUGUAUAUGUGUGCUCGAUUUAAUUCAAAUUACUUUUCUAUGUCUAUAAGAAUUAGAAACUAUGAUUCUAGCUUAGUUAUAUUAGAUAUAUGAUUUUUUUUAUUUGAGGGCUCCAUAUUACAUUUUGCACACGGGCCUCAAAUUUAUGAAGAUGGCCCUGUAUAAUAUAUAUUGUCAAUUAUCACUAGUAUAUUAGACCGGUUCAAAAUAUUUAUGGCCGGUUCAUCUCAAUGGUUCAAAAUUAUUGGACCGGCGGUUCGACUGGUUCAUAACGGUUGGACCAAUGAACCAUUGAACUGACUGUUAGAAGUAAAGUUUGUAACGUGUAAAACAUGCAUGUAAUCUGGUAACAUGAAAACCUAUCAUGGCGCUAGGAUUGAUUGUUAGUUGCCUUGUAAAUAGGAUCUGUUAGGAUCCUGCGCCUAGAAGGUUCCAUGGGUGCAUAUAUGUACUGCUACGGAUGGGGCUGUUUCAUCCACCUGAUUUAACACGCAACAUCGUCGGAAGUCCCCGACGUUCAACACGCAAGUCCUGCCCUCUGUUUUUGACAUGGUAAUCAGAGCCAAUUCCAUCUAGAUACACCUUGCCGCAAUGUCGUCCUCUUCAGCCCUCCUGUCCAACCCUCUCUCGGCCACGGCCAUCACCGAAAAACUCACCAGGACCAACUACCCCAUCUGGGAGGCUCAAGUCCUCUCGGCUGUCAAAGGUGCUCGCGUUUAUGGGCACCUCACUGGAUCCAUGGUGGCACCAGAGAAGGAGAUUGCGGACAAGGAAGGCAAGCAAGUCCUGAACCCGGCGUUCGAGGAGUGGGAGGCCCGGGAUCAGCAGAUUCUCAGCUUCCUCUUUGCCAGCGUUUCCAGGGACAUCCUCAGCCACAUCGCCAAGUCCAAGACGGCACAGGCUGCAUGGGCAAAGAUUGAGGCGAUGUUCGCCUCACAGACCCGCGCUCGCACAGUGAAUCUGCGCAUCGCGCUCGCUAAUACCAAGAAAGGUAAUCUUUCCGCUACUGAAUAUUUCACUAAGAUGAAAGGUUUCAGUGAUGAGAUGACGGCGGCGGGGCGAUCUAUCACCGACGAGCUGGUUGAGUACAUUCUCACCGGAUUGUCCGCGGAGUAUGAGUCGCUGGUUACCUCUCUCGUUACGAGGGUGGAAUCGGUGACGCUUGAUGAGCUGUAUGCACAGCUCCUCAACUUCGAGACCAGGAUGGGUCUGGUCCAUGGCGGUGAACAGACGUCGGCCAAUCUGGCCGGGCGCGGAGGCGGGCGCGGUUCAAACCGUGGCCGUGACUCCACACGUGGGCGUGGUUGCGGUCCUCCCAGCACUGGAGGCCGUGGUCGCGGCCAAGGAUUCAGCACCAACAGUCAGCAACGCGGCAGCUUCAACAACAACAAGAAACGUGACAAGCCAAUCUGCCAAGUGUGCGACAAGGAGGGGCACACUGCCCUUCGUUGCUGGUACCGAUUUGAUGAAAGCUACACAGAUGAGAAGAUAGGGGCGGCGGCUUCAAGCUCCUACAACAUCGACAACAACUGGUACACAGACACUGGUGCCUCUGAUCACAUCACCAGCGAACUUGAGAAGCUGGCGGUUCGUGAGAAGUACAAUGGAGGAGAUCAGAUCCACACUGCGAGCGGUGCAGGAUCUGGACACCAAGAAAAUUCUGCUUAAGGGUCCGUGUCGGCGCGGACUGUAUCCACUUCCUUCCACUUCAGCAAUAAAGCAGGCCUUCACCGCGUCCAAACCAUCUCUGUCCCGGUGGCAUGAGCGUCUGGGUCAUCCUGCAUCUCCCGUAGUUCGUCAGAUUGUCAGUAAUAAUGAGUUGCCAUGUACCUCUGAUUCUAGUCAUGAGUAUGUGUGCAAUGCGUGCCAACAAGCCAAAGCACAUCAGUUACCAUAUCCCAUAUCCACCAGUGAGUCUAGUGCACCUUUAGAUUUGGUUUUCUCUGAUGUGUGGGGCCCUGCUCUUGAGUCUGUUGGUCACAAACAAUAUUAUGUGAGUUUUAUUGAUGAUUACAGCAAGUUUACAUGGAUUUAUCUUAUAAAGUUUAAGUCUGAAGUAUUCCAGAAAUUUCAUGAUUUUCA